UCUGGCUGACGGGGCUGGCUUGCGUUGUUGUGUGCGGAUGCAAUUCUCUGGCAGCCUUUCGCCAUUCUGAAAACUGUUUUACGUUAGUAAAGUGUUGUCAUUUAGUUGGCCUGCGAUAUAACGUUAACUCGGAGGCAAUUUCAGUGGGUGAUGUUAGUAACGCCGACAGUAACUCAUUAAAACAGUCGGACAUCUGUAAAUAUUGGCAUAGCUUCUAGCUAGCCACUGAUCCACCUCGCUAACACCAAUACAGUUAGGAUAGCUAACGUUAGCUUGGCUAGUCAACAUGUUGAAAACGGUCAUACUUAUCGGAGGUCCGCAGAAAGGAACCCGGUUUCGACCGCUGUCGUUUGAAGUCCCGAAACCAUUGUUUCCAGUGGCAGGCGUGCCAAUGUUGCAGCAUCACAUAGAGGCGUGUGCAAAGAUACCAAACAUGAAAGAGAUCCUGCUUAUUGGAUUUUACCAGCCAAACGAGGAGCUCAAUCGAUUCCUGAUGUGUGCUCAACAAGACUUUAAAGUUUCCAUCAGGUAUUUGCAAGAGUAUGCAGCUCUGGGGACAGGUGGAGGCAUCUAUCACUUCAGAGAUCAGAUCCUGUCUGGAGCUCCAGAGGCUUUCUUUGUCAUGAAUGCUGAUGUGUGUUCAGAGUUUCCACUCCCUGAGAUGCUGGCGUUUCAGAAGGAGCAUGGAGAUGCAUACAGCUUCGUCAUUCUCGGGACUACUGCCAACAGAAAACAGUCCAUGAACUAUGGAUGCAUUGUGGAAAACCAGCAAACAAAUGAGGUUUUGCAUUAUGUGGAGAAGCCCAGCACGUUUGUCAGUGAUAUCAUAAACUGUGGGCUGUAUCUGUUCACGCCAGACAUAUUCCAGCACAUCGGAGCCGUCUUCCAGAAGAACCAGCAGGACAUGCUUCUAUAUGCCGAUGAGGGGGACGAGCAGUCGAACGGCUGGCAUCGGGCCGAGGUGAUCCGUCUGGAGCAGGACAUCUUCACGGCGCUGGCAGGCCAGGGCAAACUCUACGUCUACAAGACCCACCGCUUCUGGAGCCAGAUCAAAUCAGCUGGUUCUGCAAUAUAUGCCAGUCGACUGUAUCUUAACCAGUACCAUCAAACGCAUCCAGAGAGGCUGGCCGCAAAUAAAGAUGGAGGGCCCAAGAUAAGUGGAAAUGUUUACAUUCAUCCGACAGCUAAUAUUGAUCCGACAGCAGUGCUUGGACCUAACGUAUCCAUAGGGACCGAUGUGACCAUAGGAGCAGGAGUACGCGUGAGAGAAUCCAUCAUCCUCCAUGGGGCCACAUUACAGGACCACAGCUGUGUGCUGAACAGCAUUGUAGGAUGGGAUAGUACUGUAGGGAAGUGGUCAAGGGUGGAGGGCACGCCCAGCGACCCCAACCCAAAUGACCCCUAUGCUAAAAUAGACAGUGAGACUCUCUUCAGGGAGGGGAAACUCACUCCAUCAAUAACCAUUCUGGGUUGCAAUGUGAAUAUCCCAUCUGAAGUAAUCAUACUGAAUUCUAUCGUCCUUCCUCAUAAAGACCUGAAUAGGAGCUUCAAAAAUCAAAUCAUUCUUUAGUGGACUUUUUUCAGUUUUAUGGAAUAUGUGAUCACUAUUGGCUUAUUAUUUUGUUGAAGUUACAGGGAUUAGUACAUCAGAAUGCGAUGUGACAAGCAGAAUGUGAUACAUAAUGCACAGUUUCUAGUAGGCAUUGAAGUUGCACUCAAAGUUUACCUCAUGCAAGUGAAGGCACUUGAAAGGUGCAAUAAUGUUUGUGUAGAUGGAGAGGAAUCGGGCAACUCAGAAAAUGAAUGUGACUGUUCUGUACUGGCAUGCGGGAUUGGAACCUUUUUACACGAUUGUUUAAUUAUAAACACACUUCGGUUAGUAGUGUAAAACAAAUGUUGAAACCACUGUUGGGGAGACACAGCAUAAUGUUGGGGAAAUUGUCAUUCAGUCAGUUUAUCAAGUUCUUAUCACUCUGGCAGUGUUACAUCGUCGCAAUGAUGAAUCUGUUGAACUUCAUCAAAUGUCAUUGUGUCAUUAUGUUGAAAGGCUAAUGGAGGCCUUCAUGAAAACUUGAACUUUUUUUGACCUGCAGUGUAAAAUAAACCAAGCUACUACCUGAGUGCCAAGAGACUUUAGAAUGCAGGGGGGAAAUGCAAUUGACAAUGUUAAAUUGUAAUCAUUUGUGCAUAUUCACACACCCACACAAACUUUUUCUUUUGGAUAUUGGAAGUAUUGGAAUCACAAUUUGUUAUGUCAUUGAAGGCCUUGAUUGGUGGUUUUAUUGCCACAAUAAUCACACACAUUAAUCAGAAAAGCAAUCAACAUAUUGUAUUACCCUUUCUGUACUGAGCCGGCUGAUUUAGAUUGUAGAUAAAUCCAUCAACAUCCAUU